AUGGGCGGGAGUAGUCAGUAUGCAGCCGGAAGAAUGGGUCAGUACUAUUUUGGCGCGGCAGUUUCCAGUUCGAUGAGAGGAAUCGGAGGGUCCGAGCAGCCGCAGCAGCGAACGAGCAGUGAGUGGAGCAGGUCGCGAUUAGGUUACUGUGCGGCCGAUUUGGUUCGAGGCGUCUCCAUCGCGCGAGGGGAGGCCGACGGGCGCUUCGCAGUGAUGAUUGGCAGCCAAGGGGCAAAGGCCAGUGGAGUCGAGACGAACCUGGGCUCGUGGGACCCCUGUCACACCGGCAGGACCUGCAUACGCGAGAUCGGCCAGAGUGUGGCGGUUUUCCGGACCGAGGGGAUAGGACAAGGCAUGGUGAAUUCGGUCGAAAUGGUCGAACAAGUCAAGUCGCACCGCCGCCAGCCCCGGACCAGGGCGCAAUCCUUGCACACAAUCCUGGCGUCCGGCCAAACGGUUCAGGUUCAGUUGAUGCGGAAGAUCACUUUGGAUAGGUUGGCUAGUUCACAAUGGAGGUGGAAGGUUGUGGUUCAGCUCGCGGCACCAACUUGGGUUCAGCCAGGUUGCUGA